CUGUGCUGCACGCACAUUGUUGCUGCUGGUGUUGUUGUCAACAUUUCCGUGCCGUGCCAACUUCGCAAUAACAUAUUUUGAUAGAUAACAGUGCGAUUCAUUAUCAAAACGAAUCCAACAGACUAACAUUGGGUGGCGCAUAGUGUGUGGGCUAUCUUACAAUGGCUUCUGAGACACAAUUAGUCUCGUGUUUUGUUUCCCAGACGCAGUUUGCAUUCACUUGUAAAUCGCUUUAUUUAAAACAGCUGCUGUUGCACCAAACUACUACUUCUCUACUCCAUCCAUCGUAAGGGUUUGUAGCCGUUUUAUUUACUAGCCUACUGUGCAAUAAUGGGACAAAACACGAAAAACAACGCUUCAAAGGCAGUUGCAUCGGGAUUGCGUAAGCCCUGGCUAUCAAAACAUUCGUGGAUUUGCUAUAAUUUGUUAUUUUGGCAAUCUGGCAGCAGUGCUCAAAGUAAUCUCAACAAAUACAUAAAUUAUUAUCUAGGUUAUGUCUGCUUAUACAUUCUUAUUUCUCUUCUCUAAACUGCGUUUUCCUCUUCUUUCCGACGGAUGCGCUCCACCUUCGUCUUACCCCACAGCGCAACAGCAGAGCCAUCGCCUCCUGUUAUGUUUUACCUUGAAGGUAGCCUGUAUCAGGCCAGCCGUUUCUGUCUGGCUGCCACUGCAGUCUGCGGGCUGGCAGACUGCUGCACUGAUUGACUCACAUGAAGAUCACUGUUCAGUCCUUAAGAUCAAAUCUACCACAAUUUUAACUCCGUGACCUGGGUCAAGCACCAGGAAGCUCGCUCACCUUCCCAUCGCAUAGGCCAGUACCAGAGCACCAUGGGUCGAAUCUUUCUGGAUCACAUCGGUGGGACACGCCUCUUUUCAUGUGCGAACUGUGACACCAUCCUGACCAACCGCUCCGAGCUCAUCUCUACGCGGUUUACUGGGGCUACAGGUCGAGCUUUCCUAUUUAACAAGGUUGUGAACCUGCAAUACAGCGAGGUGCAGGACCGGGUGAUGCUGACCGGGCGACACAUGGUGCGAGACGUCAGCUGCAAGAACUGCAACAGCAAGCUGGGCUGGAUCUACGAGUUCGCCACUGAGGACAGCCAGCGCUACAAGGAGGGCCGCGUGAUCCUGGAGCGGGCGCUGGUGCGGGAGAGCGAGGGCUUCGAGGAGCACGUGCCCUCAGACAACUCCUGAGGCCAGCGCCUGCCCCCUCUGCCCUUAUCCUUAUCUGACCUCCUCUCAGCCAUCUUCAGUUUGCCAUUCAGAUGCCCUUGCCACACACACACACACACACAUCUACACACACACACACACACACACACUCUCUCUCUGUGAAGACCAGUCUCCUUCAGUGCCAUCCUGCAGUGUGUGCGCUUUCUAUUUCUGUGUGUCUAGAGAUGCAGUGACUUUGGCUUGAGACCAGCAGUCCCUUAGGCGACCCUUCCUGAUGUCUUGGAGUCUUAUCAAAGAGGACUUCGUUCCUAGUGCUCUCCGUAGAAUGCAUCCGAUCACAAGCCUCAAAAGGACCAGGCAGUACAGGUAGGUUAGAGAUCUGCCACAGUAUUGGGGCCACAGUGCUGGCCAAGGACCCUCAAUAGUGUGCUGUAGCCUAUAUAUAGGCAUCAGACAGGGGAGAUUCCAUUCUAGCUGCCUUGUGCCUGUCGGCUCUGUUUGGCUGUCCUAGUGUCCAUAUGCUCUCCGUGGGACUUGCAUGUGGAGGAAAUAUGUAUGGAAUCAUCAGUAUCCUUCGUGGACUACAUCACCCAUGACCAUCCAGAGCUCACAUCAUUAAAUGGAUCUCAGAUCUUCUUUCAAGCCCUUUCUUUCUUUCUUUCUUUCUUUCUAUUGUUCACUCUUCCUAAAAGUGAUUAGUGAUUCAAAAUGCUGUUAGAAAUAUAUGUUAUACCUCUAAAAUAAUUUAAUUAGUCCAAUUGUUUUAUUGUAAAGCACCUUGUGUUAAUGUUUUCAUUAUUAAAGUGUGUUCUUGCUGGA